AUGGCCCAUCCAAUCACAAUCGCCACUUGUUCCCUAAACCAAUGGGCUCUCGACUUUGAUGGCAAUCACCAGAGGAUUUUACAAUCGAUCAAGUUGGCCAAAGAAGCCCGCGCCUCCAUCAGAGUUGGGCCCGAACUUGAGAUCUGUGGGUAUGGUUGUUUUGACCAUUUUCUAGAAGCGGACACGGUCACGCAUUGUUGGGAGGUUUUGGCAAAGCUGCUGGCAUCACCAGAAACCUUAGACAUACUAUGCGAUGUUGGAAUGCCAGUAAUCCACAGGGGGGUACUUUACAAUUGCCGAGUGUUGUUUUACAACACCAAAAUCAUCUUAGUCAGGCCUAAAAUGUGGAUGGCCAAUGACGGAAACUACAGGGAGCUGAGGUACUUUAGCUCUUGGAGGCAAGAUAGAAAGAUUGAACAACUCUUACUACCUAGAGAGCUUCGAUUGGUUACUGCCCAAACCUCAGUGCCCAUUGGACUCGCCAUCGUCAUGACAGACGAUACUUCGAUAGGGAUAGAGACUUGUGAAGAGCUCUUCACACCCAAUUCCCCUCACAUACAGUUGAGCUUAGAAGGAGUGGAAAUCUUUUUGAACUCUUCUGCCUCGCAUCAUGAACUGCGAAAGCUACACACCAGGAUUGAAUUGAUUGAGGAAGCCACUGAGAAGGCAGGUGGUGUCUAUGUCUAUGCCAAUCAACAAGGCUGCGAUGGCGAUAGAAUAUACUACGAUGGUUGCUCGUUAAUAUCUCUUAACGGGAAAUUGAUAUGCCAAGGCUCCCAGUUCUCUUUGCAAGAUGUCGAGGUGAUCACAACAACCGUCGAUCUCGAGACCGUUCGCACCCAUCGGGUUGGAAGAAAUAGUCGAAAUCAACAGGCCGCGUCGAACAGUCCUACCGCCAGUGGUUAUGAGCGUGUUUAUGUCGCGGCUGAUCUCACGAGAUUCCCGGCACCCGUUGCAGUCGGCCAGCCCAUUCCUGCUACUUAUCAUACACCAGAAGAAGAAAUCGCACUUGGACCUGCCUGUUGGCUCUGGGAUUAUUUGAGGCGCAGUGGAAUGAAAGGAUACUUCGUUCCCCUAAGUGGCGGUAUCGAUAGUUGCGCGACCGCUACCAUUGUCUAUUCAAUGUGUACAUUGGUUGCAAAAGAAGCUCGACUAGGCAACCAACAGGUCAUUGAUGAUGCUGUCCGAAUCACCGGCGAAAAAAACGACUAUGUCCCACUCGAUGCACGCGAGUUCUGCAACAAAAUCUUUCACACCUGCUACAUGGGGACUGAGAAUUCGAGCCCAGAAACUCGCAAACGAGCCAAGGAUCUUGCUGAGGCAAUUGGAUCAUAUCACACUGAUCUCAAUAUGGACGCAGUUGUUACUUCAAUCCGGACCUUAUUCGCUGUGACGACCGGUAAAACCCCCCUGUUCAAGAUACACGGCGGGACUCAAACUGAGAAUUUAGCACUUCAGAACAUCCAAGCACGAUUGAGGAUGCUGCUGAGCUACAUGUUUGCACAGCUGUCGCCAUGGGUCAGGGGCUUCAAUGGUGGUCUCCUGGUCUUGGGCAGUGCGAAUGUGGACGAAAGUUUACGAGGCUAUAUGACGAAAUAUGAUUGUUCGAGCGCAGACAUUAACCCGAUUGGCGGAAUCAGCAAGACUGACCUGAAGCGAUUCAUUGCCUACGCCCAAACCAAGUUUGAUCUGCCAAUACUAGAGCAUUUCUUAACUGCUGUUCCAACGGCGGAAUUGGAGCCAAUCACGAGCGACUAUGUGCAAGCAGAUGAAGUCGACAUGGGUAUGACGUAUGAUGAAUUGUCGAUUUUUGGUCGGCUGAGAAAGGUAGAGAAGUGUGGGCCGUACAGCAUGUUCAGGCGGCUGGUACAAGAUUGGAGCUCGUUCUUGAGCCCUAUCGAGAUCGCUGGAAAAGUGAAGCAUUUCUUCUUUGAGUAUGCAAAAAAUCGACACAAAAUGACCACCCUUACUCCAAGCUAUCAUGCUGAAACUUACUCACCUGACGAUAACCGAUUUGAUUUGAGACCGUUCCUCUAUCCUGUGAAAUUUGGCUGGCAAUUCCGGAAAAUUGAUCAAGACGCUGAGGCGAUGCCAGACGAAAGCUUGAAGCUGAAAGCCAAAGUUGAAUGA